AUGCCAACAUAUUUAUCAUCAUCUGAUCAAAUUCUUCUUACAAAUAUAUUUAGUACUUAUGAACAAAUUUUUGGAACAACAACCAAAUGUCAAUAUCAACCGUUUCCUGCGAUAGAACAUAAAAGUGUACAUACAUUUUUCAAUGAAUAUGAAGAACGACACAAAAUUUUAAUUGAAUUUUUUAAACAUAUUCCUGAAUUUAAUAACUUAUUCAUAGAUGACAAAAUACGGUUAAUUCGAAAUCAUUUUGGAGGAAUGGUUACUAUUAAUGAAUUAAUACUUGCUAGAUCUAUGAAUGAAAAUUUAGUUUCUUCACUUAAUAAUAUAUUUGGUCUCAACAUAUCCAAGAUUGUCAUAGAAUGUUCAAAGAGAAUACUGACAUAUACAUAUGAUCCUAUUUUACUUAAACUUGUUCUUAUUGUUCGAAGUUUAUCAAGUGGUAUUAAUAGAUACCGUAAGGAUACAGAUAUGGAUCGUAUCUUCCAUAAUACAUUAGCAGUAUUUGCUGGUCAAUGUAUUUAUGUUGAAUUAUUAUGGCGAUAUAUCCUAUCAAAAUUACCGUUCGAAGAAGAUGCAGUAAAAUUUUUCAAUAAACUUAUCUUAGAUUUACUUUAUCUUCAACAUUCUUGCUUUAUCGUAGAACGUUACAUGUAUAAUCUAGGACAUGAAAUCGAACAAAUGAACCCCUUAAUGCAAAGUAUGUGGCCUAAAAUAGAAAACAGUGACAAGAUAGAUUAUGAUAAUGAUGUUGAUAUGAAACCUUGUUCAUAG